CUAUUGCUACGCAAUUUCCUAAGCUCGUUCCACGCUCGCUACCAUCUUUUCCGCGAAUAUGGCAGUGUAGGUCCCUGUGCCCAUUCACUCGCUCUGUCGUCAUAACGACUGUGAUAUGCUGUGGUUUGCAGCAUUCGUCGGUCCGGCUAUAGCUACGGAGGCUGGACAUAGAUUCGGGCUGCCAAGAGAUGCAAAUGUCACGGCCGUCACAGACAUCAGCCCCACGGGUCCAAAUGCUUUUAAUACUUCGGCGUACUGCGCCUCGCAGAUGUCUCAAUAUUUCGCGACCUACAAUCCGACUGGGGUUUUUACAACCUCGACUAUCACGGAUUACAUAGGCUUCGAUGACACAGGCGAGCAGACUGGCAAGAUUGUGACGCAGUCUUACAGCACCAGGACUAUUACCUUCACCAAGGAGGCAUAUAUGGCCUGGCAACAGGGCGGGGCCAAACCGCCAUGCUGCAAUACCUGUCAAUUGAAGGCUGGUACGAUCGAAUUCUUCUGGUGGCCAGACCUGGCACAAAUCACCACAACUACCUCGGACCCAGUAGCCUCGCCAACCAACAAUGUCAUCGUGACCGCAAUGGGCAAAGAUGGCUUGGUGUUCACUUCGCCGACCGUGUACAUGGCAUUCUCAUCACUAUAUGCGAAAAACUUCUGCGGCACAGUCGGCGAGAUCUGGGAAAAUACCACGAUCGGCUUCCAUCCCAGCGAAAUUUCGACUAUCAAUGAGUACUCAUACACAUACUAUAGCUACUUCACGACAACCGAGCGAGGUUCCACCAUCACCGGCUUAGCUGAUGCAAAGGGAACUAGAUUACCUCCGUCGCCGCUCAAAUAUGCAGACUUAGCUCAGAAUUGCUCGACAAUAUCUGGAUACGUCUACUUUGAGAAAAACCCGCAGAAUGAUGUUGGAGGCGGCUGGGAGCAUGAUCCUUGCCAUCCUGUUCUUGCCAUCCCGAAGGCUUUGUUGAACAUGCAACAAGCAUGGCAAGAUGCGCAAUGCACUGUUCUAGAUGGCUACGGAGCGUACGAUCCCCCGAUUGCCCUCACGCCUGCCACAGCUGCUGCUACGCCCACUCUUCCGCCUCAGCCUGACAAAACGGACACGCACACCGAGGCACCAGUGACCACGACUCAUACCGCCUUGCCGGAUAGUCAACCUACGAAUUUGCCGAAUCAGGGAAUUGUCUCUGGAAAUGAACCAUCUGAGACGACCUGGACGAUUGGCCCUCCGACGCCCGAGACGCCCAUCAUUCAGCCAUCUCAAAGCGACUUGGACACUCCGUUCGUUCUUGGGACCGAGACUGAGACGAGACAGUUCAAGCCCCACGUUGAAGCAUCAGGCAAAGCGCUAUCUAGCAUUGGACGUACGCUUCAAAAUGUGGGUGCCGGCCAACAGCAGCCUGUGCAGACUACAGUCGAGGUCUUCACCAUCAUUGAAGUCACAAUCAACCCUGCUGGGACCACUUCUGUUUUGACGAGAACCACCGAGGCUAUCUUGCAACCUGCCAGGACAGUCGUACAGGCAACAACGGACAGAGGCGGCUUUGUCACAAUGAAGACCAUUAUCGAGGCAGAAAAAGGCAAACCAGGACAACAGGUCGGGAACGAUGGUACUGUCUACACUAUUCUCCACGAGUCUACUCUGGCCGACGGUCGGAGGACAGUAGUCCCUUCUGUGGUACUGCUUGGCGGUGCCAUUCCAGCCCAGCUCGAAGGGUCAGGAGCGCAUGUUGCCGUGCCUAUCAUCACAGCUGGUGGCAAUGUGUACACCGCUAACUCUAACUACGCAUUUGACAUAGAUGGUACGAUGCUAAAGCCAGGCGGGACAGUAACUGUUGACGGAACCACCCUCCGAUUGGGCGUAGAUGGAAUGACAGCGAUUAUCAACGGACAAACCGUGCCAAUGGCGAAGGUCACCUCUAGCGAAGUUCCCGACACCACCAUCACUGUCGGCGGUAAUAUACUAACUGGCGAUGCUACAGGCGGCUUUGUGGUGGCACCUGGUACGAUAUUAUCGAUUGGCGGUUCAUCUGUAAUCAUUAGUGGAACGGCAUACGCUCUGAAGACGAACAGUGCAGGAGAGACGCUUCUUAUUGCAGGUCCUAGCGACGCGUCAUCCACAGCCGGAAAUGUUGCAGGGUAUAUCAUGAGCGUUAUUGGAGAGACACAUUCGAGGAACGAGGCGAAUGCGAGAGCCAGAACAUCUACGACACGGAAUGAAGGAAGCACAGCCACGAGAGAGGUUGAGACAACAUCGACAGUAUCUUCUGCAACAAGCACAACGAUCAAUAAGACAUGGCUCCCCUCAUGGUGCUUCGCCAUCAUAUUGGCACUCAUAGCAAGCAUAUGAUGGGAUCCAACGCAUAGCUUCCACGAGAUUCGGCGAGAGAUGAUGACUUGAUGCAUAUUAGCGAUCAUGUAGAGC